GUGCUUACUUGCGUCCUGCAUCAUUUUUUGCCUAUUCGUUAGAAACUAAACCCCCGAUUCGAUCGGCGUAUUUUGGCAUUAUCGUCCCGGGGGUUGACGGGAACCAUAACGAAAAAGAGAAAGAGAAAAAAAAAUAGCAUAACGAUUCGCGGGCCGUACCGGUUUCUCGUAUGGUGCAUUUUUAUCUCUAGCUAGUAAACGCUAUCAAGCUAGAUGUUCGAGGGGAUCCUGCGGCCGCUCCGGUGGUUCUAUCACGAGUUCGGCGUCGUCGCGAUCCACGAGACCGGCCGCAAUGCCUACCUCAUCAUCCUGGCCCGCACAUGCCGUAUGUUCGCGUACGGAACUAAUGCCCUGAUUCUCGCCAUCUUCUUUUCCGCCUUAGGCGUCUCGGACCACCAGAUCGGCCUCUUCAUGACCCUCACGAUGCUGGGGGACGUCGUACUCGGGACCUUCCUCACCCUCGUUGCGGACCGCAUCGGAAGGCGCAAGGUCCUCGUGGGCGGCUCCGUCCUGAUGGUAUUCAGCGGUGUCGUCUUUGCCGUCUUCGAGAACUUCUGGAUCCUGCUGCUAGCCGCCAUCGUUGGCGUAAUCAGCAUCACUGGCGGCGACUUCGGCCCGUUUCGAAGUAUCGAGGAGUCCAUGCUGUCGCAGCUGACGACCCCCGCGACAAGAGCAGAUGUCUUGGCCUGGUACGUCUCCACGGCGCUGUUGGGGUCGGCGUUAGGAAGCGAAUUGUCGGGCAGAGUUCUCCAUCUCCUCCAAAGUAAGGAUGGUUGGGCCGAGGUUGACUCGUAUCAUGCGCUUUUCUGGAUAUAUGCCGUCAUGGGUAUGGUGAAUCUGGGGCUGGUAUUAUUGCUGACAGAUGCGUGCGAGCUUCAACCGACGAAGGAAGCCUACACGCAGCUUCCGCAAGACGAAUAUGCGCACAACGUGGACAUCGGCGCCGAGAAUAGUCCACCACCGGAAGAGGAAGGUCUCGCUCCCCUACGGCCUCGCAACUGGAUUAUGCGGGUCUUUCAGUGGUUAUCGAACAGGCUCGCUCAAAUCUCGGCACCAACGCGGUCGAUCAUGUACAAGCUAUGGUUCCUCCUAGCUGUAGACUCGCUCGCGGACGGGAUGGUACCGUAUUCCCUCACAAAUUAUUAUCUGGACGAAAAGUUCCACCCUUCAAAGUCAGUUCUCGGUGAUAUUACUUCUUUCAGCUAUCUCCUCGGAGCGCUAUCGGCGACAUUCGCUGGGCCCCUGUCGCGAAAGAUCGGCCUCAUCAAUACGAUGGUGUUCACCCACGUGCCGUCGUCAGCAUCAGUAUUGGUAUUCCCGUUUCCUCCGUAUCUCUGGAUGGCGGCCGGCCUGCUGCUCAUCCGCUCGGGAUUGAACAAUAUGGACCAGGCGCCACGGUCGGCUUUCAUCGCCGCCGUAGUGAAGCCCGAGGAGCGGACGGCAGUGAUGGGCAUUACGGCCACGAUCAGGACGCUCGCCGCCAUGACAGGACCUAGCGUCACGGGUAUCCUGGCGGCUAGCGACCGCUUCUGGGUCGCGUUCGUCGCAGCAGGCUCCUUCCGCCUGGCCUACGACUUUGGUCUCUACGCCAUGUUCGUCAACAUGAAACUUUACGAACACGAGAGCAAGCAGCCAACCGACGGAUCUCACGGGCACCACCCGAGGCAAGUGUCCGAUGAGGAGAGGGAACUAGAGGGUCUAGUCGACUCUUCCGACACCGACAGCGGUAGCGAAGAGGUAGAGCCGGAGGCGCCGAAAGGCAGAUUUGCUAAUCUCGAGGUCCCGGAUUUGGACCAAAGAGUCCGAAGCCGAAGCCCGCGCCGAUCGUCGAUAGACAGUUGAGGCGCUCGGAAGACACGGAAACGUGGCAAGACAGUUUAUCUUGUCUUACGGUAGGGGAGGUUGGACUGAGGAGGAGGAGGAAAGGGAUGAUAGAGUAGGUAUUUCCCGUUAGAGGUGCAUAUGAUGGAGUCACGUAGGCGUAUUAAUAAUCCAGCCGCGUGCCGUUGAAGCUAAGAUUGCAGAUGAAGAUGACGACGCAUCACGACUCGGGACCUAAUACACCAACCCCUCUUCCGUGGCUGUGUCUAC